UUAGAUGAUGCUUCCAACUUAUCAAUUCCUAAUCUUACUUUCCGUUUCUGCAAAACAAGUGUAUGGCGUUGAAGGUAAACUUGGAAUUCCUGGAACUGAGUGCCUGUUCGGAGGAAUAUGCUCGGGUGGAUCUAUUUGCAUUGAUAUUUUGUGUUUAUGCGUGGAUGGGGAAAGAGAAUUUGACGGACAAUGUGUGGAUCAAUCAGUUUAUGAUUCAAAAGUUAAAGAAUCUGAAUCCCUGCACGAUGACAAGCCUGAAAAUCUGCCAGCAAUUGGUUUAGCAGGUCAUCCGUGCGGUCAAGGAGGAGUCUGCAGACCGUCGACAAAGUGCAUUGAAGGCACCUGUAAAUGUAGACAGGGUUAUAAUCCGUCUUUCGGGGAGUGUAUUCGGAAUUUGAAUGUUCUUCGUCACAUUCCACGUGCAUUCAUUCCAAAUCAUAGGUCGAUUCUUCGAUUUCCAUCUUAAACAAUGUAUUUUUUUGAAAGAAGUUUAUUUGCAUUGAAUCAAUAAAAUGAAUGAGAUAAUGAUAA